CAAGGCAAUCCAGUUUGCCAGGCCAAUUUCACCAUGGAGGCUUCAGUGACCCUGGCUGGCCUUGAUGGCGCGGAGAUUCGCAUAAGAGUGUCAGGCUGCACACUUGGCAGGGAGUUGCUGCGCCUCGCAAGGUCCCAGCUUCCUCAGAAGCCUGGCUGCGCCCUCCGACUUAGCUUAUGUGGUGUGGAGCUGUGGCCAGACGAAUCUCUGGAAGCGCAAGGCGUGCAGGCAGAGACGGGCACGGUUAUAUCAUAUGCUUAUUCUCGAGUGUGCUUGCUGAAGGCAUGGAACGCGCUGAAAGGACACGCUCGUGAUGCCGAGCAGGCGCUGGAAGGCACCACCAAGUUGUGCUUUCACAACCCGAUCAACAGCUUGCUGGGAGUGACUCUGCCGAGCACCCUAAAGAGCCUGACGUUCGGCGACGAAUUCGACCAACGCUUGCAAGAAAUAACUUUGCCAGGUAGCUUGCAGAACCUGACAUUUGGCCACGACUUCAACCAAAGUUUGCAGGGUGUGACUUUGCCAGGCAGCCUGUUGCACCUGACUUUCGGCGAAUGGUUUUGUCAGAGCUUGGAGGGAGUCACUUUGCCAAGCAGCUUGCAGAAUCUGACCUUUGGCCAUGGCUGGAACCGCAGCAUGCUGGGAGUGACUCUGCCAGACAGCCUACAGAUCCUGACUUUUGGCGACAACUUCAACCAACGCCUGCAGGGAGUGAAAUUGCCAGGCAGCCUGCAAAGCUUGACAUUUGGCGACGACUUCGACCAAAGUUUGCAGGGAAUCACUUUGCCAAGCAGCCUGCAAAGGCUGACAUUUGGCGACAACUUUGACCAAGACUUGCUGGGAGUGACUUUGCCAGAAAGCCUGCAAAGCCUGACUUUCGGGGAAUGCUUUGGUCAGUGCUUGCAGGGAGUGGCUUUGCCAAGCAGUCUUCAGAGCAUAAGCUUUGGCCACAGUUGGAACCACAGCUUGCUUGGAGUGACUUGGCCGAGCAGCCUGCGGAUCCUGACGUUCGGACACUGCUUCAAGCAGAGCACGCAGACACGACUUUUCGGCCUCGACUUCGACCAAAAGUUGCAGGGAGUGACUCUGCCGAGCACCCUAAAGAGCCUGACGUUCGGCGACGAAUUCGACCAACGCUUGCAAGAAAUAACUUUGCCAGGUAGCUUGCAGAACCUGACAUUUGGCCACGACUUCAACCAAAGUUUGCAGGGUGUGACUUUGCCAGGCAGCCUGUUGCACCUGACUUUCGGCGAAUGGUUUUGUCAGAGCUUGGAGGGAGUCACUUUGCCAAGCAGCUUGCAGAAUCUGACCUUUGGCCAUGGCUGGAACCGCAGCAUGCUGGGAGUGACUCUGCCAGACAGCCUACAGAUCCUGACUUUUGGCGACAACUUCAACCAACGCCUGCAGGGAGUGAAAUUGCCAGGCAGCCUGCAAAGCUUGACAUUUGGCCACGACUUCGACCAAAGUUUGCAGGGAAUCACUUUGCCAGGCAGCCUGUUGCACGUGACUUUCGGCGGUUGCUUUUGUCAGAGCUUGGAGGGAGUCACUUUGCCAAGCAGCUUGCAGAAUCUGACCUUUGGCCAUGGCUGGAACCACAGCAUGCUGGGAGUGACUCUGCCAGACAGCCUACAGAUCCUGACUUUUGGCGGCAACUUCAACCAACGCCUGCAGGGAGUGACAUUGCCAGGCAGCCUGCAAAGCUUGACAUUUGGCGAAGACUUCGACCAAAGUUUGCAGGGAAUCACUUUGCCAAGCAGCCUGCAAAGGCUGACAUUUGGCGACAACUUUGACCAAGACUUGCUGGGAGUGACUUUGCCAGAAAGCCUGCAAAGCCUGACUUUCGGGGAAUGCUUUGGUCAGUGCUUGCAGGGAGUGGCUUUGCCAAGCAGUCUUCAGAGCAUAAGCUUUGGCCACAGUUGGAACCACAGCUUGCUUGGAGUGACUUGGCCGAGCAGCCUGCAGAGCCUGACUUUUGGCGAGUGUUUCGAUCAGAGCUUGAUUGGAGUGACUUUGCCCGACAGCCUUCAGAGCCUGACUUUCGGUGGCGGUGGCCCCACCAGUGCCUCAACCCGCGUCAGGUUGGCACUUUCACCCGCCCAUCGGUGACGACUUUGACCAAAGCUUGCAGGGAGUAAGUUUGCCCAUCAGCUUGCAAAGUCUGUCAUUCGGCGAGGACUUCGACCAACCCUUGCAGGGAGUGUUUCUGCCAGGCAGUUUGGGUAGAUUGCAGGCUGGACGCAUCACCUUGCAUUGUGAUUGAUCUGGCGAGUCUUUGUUUGCCUAUCAGCUUCCAGGUUGUGCUACCCGAAGUGCAUGCCAGCUCAAAUGUUGUUCCUUCUCUGCAAAUGGUUCUGCUUUUGAAUAGGUGUGUCAAUGCGAAGCCAAAAUGAAGCACGGGAGUCAGCUUCAGCGCGGAGAGC